AUGUACCUGGCGUACGUGAUCGAGGUCGAGAUGGAGAUGGGGGCCGAGGUGGUGGCGGCCGUGCGCAAGAACUCGACAGAGGGGAGUGCGAGCGCCGGCCCGGCACCCAAGCGGCAGCGGCUCGCUGCGCCGAGCGGCGGCAGCGGCUCUGCUGCUCAUGUCCCCGCCGCUGCGCCACCGAGCGAUGCGGAGCGGUUGGCUGAUCUGUGCGCUGAGGCGGAGAACAGGCAAGCUGCGGCGGACGCGGGCGCGCUCGAGGCGAUCGUGGCGGCGCUGCAGGCGCACCCGCAGGUGGCAGUUGUGCAGCAGGGUGGCGGCAUCGAGUUGAUCGUGGCAGCGAUGCAGGCGCACCCGCAGGUGGCGCGUGUGCAGGGGAUUGGCUGUUUGGCGAUGGUCAACGUGUGCUCCGGCAGCGACGCUGCAGCGUUCGCACGCAAGCACCGCACAGCAGACGCGGGCGGCAUCGAGUUGGCUGUGGCGGCGCUGCAGGCGCACCCGCAGGUGGCGGGCGUGCAGGAGAUUGGCUGUUUGGCGAUGGGCAACGUGUGCGCCGGCACCGACGCCGCAGCGCUCGCACGCAAGCAGCGCGCAGCAGAUGCGGGCGGCAUCGAGGCGAUCGUGGCGGCGCUGCAGGCUCACCCACAGGUGGCGGAUGUGCAGCAGCGUGGCUGCCGGGCGAUGGCCAACGUGUGUCUCGGCACCGACGCCGCAGCGUUCGCACGCAAGCAGCGCACAGCAGGCGCGGGCGGCAUCGAGGUGGCUGUGGCGGCGCUGCGGGCGCACCCGCAGCAUGCGGGCGUGCAGCAGGAUGGCUGCGGGGCGCUGUUCGACGUGUGCUACGGCAGCGACGUCGGCCACGUCGCAGCGCGGGCGCGGAGGCAGCGAGCUGUGAUUACGGGCGCUCCCGAGGCGGUGGCAGGGGCUAUGCAGGCUCACCCGGGAGACGCAGCUGUUCAGAGGCAAGGACAGCGUUUGCGUGAUCUUCUUGCCUGA